AUGUUCCGCCUCACCCGCCACCGCAGCACCGCGACCUUCCUCCGCCAAUCGCCCUCCUCCUCCCUGCGCAUCUCAACCCCGAUCCGGAACUACUCCGACUCCAAGCCGCAGCCCAAGAUCCUCAACGAGAAACCGCCCAAGGAGGAGGACCAACCGAAAGAGGUGCAGGAGCACAACCAAGACCUGAAGAACCGCGCCAUCCGGCCCAACGACACGGAGGAGGGAAAGAAGAGCGACGACGGGACGGACGAGAAGGUCGACAAGGGGUUCUGGAAAGGUCACGGCGGAGUCGACAAGGACGCGUAG